CAGAAUGGCUGCGGACCCCCUUAUAAAUAUGGGUAAUAUUUCCCUAAACUGGAAGCCACUCUAGUUUUCUAUUCUAAAUUGAGGAAGGCCAUGCUAUUUGCUCCGAUUGUUUUAUGCAUAGGCUAUUUCUCUGCAAUGAAUGAGUGCCACAAACCAAAGGAAUUUUGAAAAGUUACCAUUGUAAUUUAAACUGUUUGCAUGGGUGUGCGUGAAAAGAUUGGGGUUGGAUUGAUGAUUAAAGAAAAUAGUUGUUCUAGCCAUGCAAUGAUUCUACUUAUCUGCUCAAAGACUCCUCAAUCACCGGAUGAAAUGGGCGGAGCGUACGUGCUCAACUUUUUGCUGUUGUCUGCAGUGAUAUCACAAAACAACACCGUGCGUAAUAUGAAGCCUUCCCAAAUCACUCGCUUUCGAUCAACAUUCCGGGCAAUCGUUUUGACAGUAGGUACGAUUACAGGAGCUUAAUAAGCAUGGAGACUGAACGGAGGGAUGCCAGCAGAGCCCCUCAACCUACCAGAAUAUUGCUGUUGUCAACAUCACAGUAGUCGCCAAUAGGUCCCUGAGAAGGCCUUCUUGCAAACCCUCGGAGCCAUGGAACAUAAACUACAACAGAGGGACAAAAACAGGCCCAGCUACUUUGGCAACGUCAAGACCAGACUGGGGUCCAAGCUCCCUCCUGGUGUUGCUCAGCCCCCCGGCUUCAUCGCCGGCCCCUGGGAGACAGGGCCUCAGACCGGCCCAACCAAGGAGGCCAGGGACAGCAGUCAGUCCCACCGUGCCGUGGAGCGUCCCUUUGACCACGUCCGCCACAUCCGGAACCCCCAACUGCGCCAGUAUUACCUCCAAGAAGCUACAUGGGUACCAGAGCGCGCCACAGCUAAAUCCAGGGAAGAGGGUCAACCGUCGGAUGACAAAGCAGACUGUAUGGCCCACCAUGAAGACACUGUGUUCAGUGUCACCUCCCAGUACAGUAGCCUGGGAGAUCAGACCAAGCUGAACAGGCAUCUCUCCACCUCCUCCUCCCUCAUCUCCCGGCAGCACCUCCGCGUUCCCAAGAGUAAAGGCUCUGGCCAAGGCUCAUCUCCCGUGGCGACGCACCCUGACCCCGACCUCAGGCUGGAGCCAGAGUUGGACACUGACCCAGGGCUUUCUCCGGCCCCAUCGCCCAGCCCUCACUCCCCGUCACCGGACGCAGAGUAUGACAAGUUACUGGAUGUGGAGGCGGUGCCAAUGCCUGAUGGACAGCUGUGCCUACUGGCCCUCCCACCUGAGUGUUCCCUGAGGGAGGGAACAGCGGCAAUGCCGUACCUCAAGCUCUUCUGCCGCUACAUCACUGACCGCAAGGGUGUGGUUUCUGGUAUCUUGCUGGUGACAUCCAAUAAGAUGUUCUUUGACCCGUGUAAGACUCACCCGUUGGUGAUAGAGCACGGCUGUGAGGAGUACCUGCUGUCCUGCUCAGUGGACAGCCUGGCCUCGGUCUCCUUCUACUCUGACAUCUCCCACGUGCACUUCAACUCCUCCACACACAGGUGGAAAGGAACUAAAAACAUACAGAAAACUGGCUCCAAAACUGUCAAGAUGCUCGGGCAGGGUGGGAGGCGAAGAAGCACUAGCCCUCCACACCACAAGGGGGAGACUGUCCCAGCACUGUUGUCUGCUGCUACAUCGGAGCUGAGGUCUGCCCUGGCUCUGAGCCUGGUCCAGGGGUUCUCUGAGGAGGAGAGGAGCAGUGACAUGGCUGAGUGGCAGUUGGAGGGGAAGGGUAGUCCGCUGGAAGAGCUGGUUGUGCAGUCAUCCAGGACUGUGGGAGGAUCCGUGUUGAGCAGUGCUGCCACCUGGUGUGGAGGACAAGAGGCAGCAGGGACAGGGAAUAAAGUGAGGAUGGAGCUGGUGGACAGAGAGGGGACGAAGAAGCAGCAGUCUGUGAGGAAUCAGACACCAGGCCCCUCUAGACUGUCUUCAGGGACUUCUGGAGGUCUGAUGUUCGUCAGGCUGAGACUCCAGCAAUCCACUGGGAAGAAGAAAGGUGUGGCUGCAGGCUUGCUGCUGGGGACAAACAAAACCUUACCCCGGAGGGACUCCUGGUUCGCCUUCUCCCAGGAGAGCUCAGAUGAGCUGUACGCCUACAUGAACCACUGGAGGCCUGGUCUGUGCAUGCUGGAGGGAGGGUCGGAGGAGGGCGACGAGGAGGAGUUUGUACUGGUUGAAGACAGAGAAGAGGAGGAGGAGGAGGAGAAGGAAGAAGAACAGGAGGUGUCCAAGAACCAUGGGCGGACUGGGGAGGACUGGGAGCUGGUGACAGUGGAGGAUGGUAGAGGAGAACUACCUCUGGCAUGGACAAAGUCCAGAGGGACUCUCUCAGUGGAACUGCCACCCAGGACAGUGGGCCACACGUGGCAGCUGGCUUACAGCACGUCUCGUCACGGCUCCAGCCUCAAGUCCCUCUACCGGAGGCUGAAAGGCAGCGACUCGCCUGUACUCAUGGUCAUCAAGGACUCACUUAAUCAGGUGUUUGGGAGCUUCCUCUCUCACCCUCUGAGGCCGAGUGAGACCUUCUACGGCACAGGAGAGACAUUCCUCUUCAUGCUGCUUCCUCGCUUCAAGUGUUUCAAGUGGACCGGAGAAAACUCCUUCUUCAUAAAGGGAGACCUGGACUCUUUUGCUAUCGGAGGAGGAAGUGGUCACUUUGGCCUGUGGCUGGAUGAGAUGCUGUACCUGGGCAGGAGUAGCCCCUGUUACACCUUCAACAACUGCUGCCUCUCGGAAAGAGACGACUUCCACGUCAUGGAGCUGGAGGUGUGGACAUUCUGGUGA